UGCACCACGUAGAAAACUACAACUCCCACAAUGCAAUGUGACAGAAGCAGGGAGGUGUGGGGGUGGCUGUGUAUCUACUGUGCCUGGAACAGCUGACAGCCUGUGUAAGGUGAAUGGAAACCAUUACCCCAGGGAGAGGGGCUAAGGCUAGAUUCCUGCAGGUGAUGUUGGAGAACCAUCCCGCCAUCACCUUGACGUAGAGUGAAGGACACAUGAUGAUGAUGAUGAUGAUGCUGGGGAUGAUGUGAAUUUAUGCACGUCUAUAUACUGGCUGCAAUUGCUUCUCUAGAUCCCUGCUUGCAGCAAGACAUCAUAAUUCUACAGUAAAGCCGACCUCAAACAUGACGUGUAAGUUCCGGUUUGAAGCUUUCAAAGCCUUGAAGUUCCAGGAUUUGUAGAUUGUAGACAGUCACCUAAUUCAGCUGAAUUUACAGAACCUCUCCACCCUGAUGUACCUGAAAGAUCUGGCCUGGCCUAAGCCACUUUACUAAACCGGUUUGAUCGACAGAAUGCGUCUUUUAGAAGAUGAAUGGCAAAACGAGUAAUGGAGUUGAUCUUGGCUUUAGCUAGGGGCCACGUUAUGCACAACUUGCCUUGGACGUCUUUAAAUCUCUUUAUUAUGGGAAUAUGUACAUUGGACAAGUGCAACGUUGGGAUUAGCUUGGAGUAAAAUGAUAACUUGCCUACCUUGACCUGCAGGCAUGGAUGGGUUUCCAAAACCUGGAACCAUGUUGUGGCAAAACUCUAUAGACCCAAAGGAAAACGGCACUUGGCAUGAUACGGAGGAUUAUGGGGGCUCCAACCCUUUGUGGACAGCUGUUUUUGAUUAUGAGGCCACAGCAGAAGAGGAACUCACAUUAAGGAGGGGUGACUUGGUGGAGAUCCUCUCCAAGGACUCUACAGUCUCUGGUGAUGAAGGUUGGUGGACUGGAAAAGUUAGAGACCAAGUAGGUAUCUUUCCAAGCAACUAUGUGGUUAGUGACCUUAAAUAUACCACCUGGAAGGCCACCCCAAAAGAUUUCCCUCAUCCACUCCAGAUAAAGUUUGAGGAGCUGGAUUUGGAGGAAAUGAUUGGGGUUGGAGGUUUUGGGAAGGUCUACAAGGGAAUAUGGCGAGACGAAGAGGUGGCUGUGAAGGCGGUACGACAUGAUCCCGAUGAAGAUAUCAACGUAACAGCUGAAAAUGUCAGACAGGAAGCUAAAUUGUUCUGCAUGUUGCAUCACCCCAACAUUAUUGCCUUGAAAGGAGUAUGUACAACCCCCCCGCAUCUUUGCUUGGUCAUGGAGUAUGCGAGAGGUGGACCACUACAUCGGGCCCUGGCUGGUAAAAAAGUCCCAGCUCACGUACUAGUCAACUGGGCUGUACAGAUCGCACGAGGCAUGAAGUACCUUCACAGCGAGGCCAUUGUACCCAUCAUCCACAGGGACCUGAAGUCCAGCAAUAUCUUGAUCCUUGAGAAAAUUGAAAACAACGACUUAUUUAACAAAACUUUGAAGAUCACAGACUUUGGCCUGGCCAGGGAGUGGCAGAAGACGACAAAGAUGAGUGCAGCCGGCACCUAUGCUUGGAUGGCUCCAGAAGUCAUCCGCCUCUCUCUAUUUUCCAAGAGCAGUGAUGUGUGGAGUUUUGGGGUUCUUUUGUGGGAGCUUCUUACUGGGGAGGUGCCUUAUCGGGAAAUCGAUCCUCUAGCUGUUGCUUAUGGAGUUGCAAUGAACAAGCUGACUCUCCCAAUCCCAUCUACCUGUCCGGAUCCAUUUGUUAGGAUCUUAGAAGCAUGUUGGAACCCAGACCCUCACAGUCGCCCUUCAUUUUGCACCAUUUUGGAGCAACUGACCACUAUAGAACAGUCAGCCAUGUUUCAGAUGCCCCUUGAAUCAUUCCACUCGUUGCAGGAAGACUGGAGACUAGAGAUCCAGCAGAUGUUCGAUGAGCUCAGGAAUAAAGAGAAGGAAUUGCGUUGUCGGGAGGAGGAGCUGGUGCGUGCGGCAGAGGAGCAGAGGAACCUGGAGGAGAUGCUGCGGAGAAGAGAACAAGAACUGGCAGAACGAGAGUUUGACAUCGUAGAACGGGAGCUCAACAUUAUAAUGUACCAGAUGUACCAGGAGAAACCGAAGGUGAAGAAGAGGAAGGGCAACUUCAAGAAAAGCCGUCUGAAGCACAAGGAUGGAAAUCGCAUCAGCUUACCCUCAGGUUUCGAACACAAGAUUACUGUACAAGCCUCACCAACUCUGGACAAGUGUAAAGGUCAAGGGUCAAGCAGUUACAGUCCUCCCGGAAGCCCCUUGAUCAUCCCUAGGCUACGUGCUAUUCGAUUGACCCCGGUAGACGGCAGCAAAACCUGGGGACGUAGCUCAGUGGUGAAGAAGGAAGAAGUGGCCUCAACAAAGAAGAAGGGGAGGACAUGGGGUCCAAGUUCAACGCAACCAAAGGAAAGAGCGGGCGGAGAAGAGAGGCUGAAGGCACUUGGAGAAGGUAGCAAGCAAUGGUCCAACAGUGCCCCGAAUCUUGGAAAAUCCCCCAAGCACACACCUAUCAGUGUUGGCUUUGCUAGCCUGACAGAAAUGGAGGAAUAUGCGGAAAAUGAAGGCUCCAUUCCCCAGUCCCCCUAUACCACACAGUCCUACCUCACAUUACCCCUCCAGACCGAUGUCAAGAGCAACACCGAGGACUCAAGUCUAUCUGCGACAUCAUCUUCAGACAGUCCCAAGCGCACCCCUCAGUCACGAAGGAAAAGUGAACUAGUGCUACUGGGAUGUGCGUCCCUCUUGGCGGCAGUGGCAUUGGGUGCUGACCUCGCGGAACUGGUGCCCCAGGAAGAAAAGAGAAGAGGAAUCUUUCAGUGGGCAGCAAGAGGUCAGAGACGUAAUGCCAAUUCACCCAACCGCUCUAUUUCUAAAGAGGAACCAGUCAUCCCUCCCAGUUCAGUCACCCUCAUCUCCUUGUCUUCCAUCUCAGACUGUAACUCUACCAAAUCCCUUAUCCGUUCAGAUAGCGACGAGGCUGUUUUAGACCACGAUACCCUGCCCUGUGAGCAACAGGUUGGCGAGGAGACCACGGGGGAGCAGAUUGACGGACGAAACCCACUUGUGGACUAUAAAGUGGAAAGCUUUAAGCGGGACCCCCGACAAUCGCUGACUCCCACACACGUCACAGCCACCAGACCUAACACCUCUUCAACAAGGGGCCACAGGAGAACUCCAUCCGAUGGGGCCAUACGGCAGGUCACACAGGGUCACCGGCGCUCACCGUCAGAUGGUAGCACUCCACCUCAGCUGUGUGACACAGGUUCCAAAGAACACACUCCUUUUCCUCGCCUUCCAGACCCUCACUUUGUGUUUCCCCCUCCAGCCAGGCGUAAACCCAAUGACAAGGAUUUAGCAGUAGAAAGACCCACCACCUUGGAGUUUGCCCCACGGCCUCGACCCUCUUCUAACCGGCCCCGUUUGGACCCUUGGAAAUUUGUGUCCCUCUCUCGGACUCACAGUUCCUCUCCAUCUGGCAGCGGGGGGGAUGCCAGCUCCAGUGGAUCCACAGAUGGUAUCCAGGUUGGAGGAAUUGAGGAGACCUUGCUGGACAUGGAGGUGGAAGGACAAAGACUGGACAACACUGUCCCUUUGUGUGGGGGAGGAGUUCGGCUGCAGACAGACCCUUAUUAUAAUAUGGGAGCAGAUGUAUCUUAACAUUCGAGGCUAUUGGCACUAAGUAUUAUCCAGCCGCUGCCUCGUGAAGAAAAGAAGCGGUUCCUAUGAAUGUAUUUUUGUGGUUGUAACCCAACGGGUAUAAAAAUAAAAAAAUAAAAAUAAACAAACAUAAGGGGUGGAGGCCCCUUACGUUAUUCCUAACGCCAGAAGCAGCUAAAGCGGAGCAAGUAGGUUCCAAUGUAAGGGUGCUUUCACUCCACAUUAUCAGCCUACAACUGCCGGAUCCGGCUGGGGGAGGGGAGAACCGCGCGCUCCCAUACCCCAGCCGGACCGGCGCUGAAAUCCAUUGACUUUAAUGAGCCCACCGGAGUCACUGUUUGACUCUGGUCGUCUCAUUUUCGACCCGUAUCCGGUUUUGUGACCGGACCUAAAAUGAUGACUCCGGUCGGCUCAUUAAAGUCAAUGGAUUUCAGCGCCGGUCCGGCUGGGGUACGGGCGCGCACGGUUUUCCCCUCCCCUAGCUGUAGGCUGAAAACGUGGUGUGAAAACACCCUAAGAAUCCUCUACUGAAGCCCUGAUUUACACGGUCAGUCCCGCUAUAUAUCAGGAUUGGAUUGUCUUAUUGAUUUCUGUGAAAAUGACUGAGCCUAUGCUUAACCCACCUGUGUUUACAAGUAUUCUUACAUUACCCCUGUCUUGAGGCAUCAAAGACCUUGCUGAAAUCUUGGGAAUCACUCUCCAUUGUAGCAUGGCAAUAGGCAGGAUGUAGUGACUUCCAGCAGCUGAAGGGUGUAAAAACAUACCCCAACUUGCUCCAUCCGGUGUCGUCUUAAUGGUGACUGAAGUAUUAAUAAAGAAUUUUACCACUCUGA